GCCAAAGUUUUGAUUUUUUUUCCCGAAACUCAUAGGUGAGAGAUAUAUAUAUACUUAUUACAUAUACUUCUUCACCGGGAAUAUCAUUUCCACAUUUCUUGCUUGCGCCAUGCUCACUCGGAAAAUACCAAUUCCAUCCAACUGAGCAUAAGAACACAACCCAUAAUGGCCUCCACAACACGUUCAUUCUCCUUUAUCCCCCUCUUCUGUCCAUCCUCAUCUCCAUCUCCCUACUCACCACCCGCAUCCUCGAAGUCUCGCUCCAAACAGCCCAAAUAUCCUCGAAAGGCCAGAUCCAAACCUAAAUCUAAGCGCAACGGCCCAGAAGAACAAGAACUCCUCACUGAAGCAUUUCAAAGGGAAAGAAACGAAGAGUGUCCGUGUCCUAGCUGUACGUAUCCUGAUGUAGACAGUGGGGGAAACGUGUCGCCGUCAUCAAGAACAACAACAUCGUCAUCUUCAUUCGACAAUCACGACAUGAAUUCAGACGAAAAUCUAAAUAUUGCAAGAGUAGAGAACAGAGGGAUAUUUCUGGAACCGAGAAAAAGAGGAGGAGGAAGCGAGUUGAAUAUGAAGUGGGGACUGGCUUGGUGGAGGGGCAGGAGGACCCGAGGGAGAGGAUAUGGAUAUGGAUAUGAAUAUGCGGAAAUAAAUACUUAUGCUGGGGUUUCUUGAGAUGGGGUGAAAUCAACUGAUGGUGCUUGGAAGAUCUUGGAGGGGUGGGUAAUGAUGGAGACCAGGGUGAGUAAGAAGAUGCGAUUUUUAAAGGAAAGGGUUGAAUGCGAGUAUGAAAGAAGACUAAAUGAAUGAAUCAAUGCUAGGAAUGGUUCAUCUGGUGUUGAUGUCUGAUGUCUGAUGUCUGAUGUACUAGGUACCCAGGUAUUCCAUGAAUAGCACGACACAAAAAGAAGUGAGACAGGAGAUAUAUAAAUAAACACAAACACACAUAUAUAAAUAGAACGCGAGCCACUCAUGUCUUAACCAUAUCUACCCA